AUGGUCCUGAGGCGGUCCCGGGUGGUUGUCCCGCAGCUGCUGGGGCAGGGAGUGAGCGGAGCGGGGAUAACUCGUUCUGGGCCCCCUCGCUACGAGAAGGACAUUGAGUUUGGACAUCUAAGUGUGGCUCACAUCUUGUUGGAGAAUGGUGCUGAUCUCAAUGCGCAGAACAAGUUAGGAGCCAGUGUCCUUACAAUGGCCUCCAGAGGCGGCCACAUCAGCAUGGUGAAAUUAUUGCUGGAAUCUGGAGCUUUUGUGGACAAUUAUGACCAUUUUAGCACAAACGUACUUAGCAGCAGCAGAGACGACCUACCCGAUAUCACUCCACUAAUGGCAGCUGCUCAGCAUGGACAUGAGGCAGUGGUACAUCUGUUACUAGACUGGGGAGCUGACUGUAAUUACGCUGUGAAGACUAUGGGCUGGAGUCCUUUAAUGCUGGCAGCUGUUAGUGGAAAGGUGAGCUUGGCACAACAGCUCAUGGAGAAGGGUGCCAAUCCAGAUCACCUGAAUGUACUACAUAAAACACCUUUUGAAAUCUCUGUUGGCUUCAAACACAAAGACAUGAAGGACUACCUGGAAUCUCUCACAACGAUCAGACCCCAGGCAGAUACAGAAAAGAGGCAGCCUGAUGUCUUUCAUGCUUUGAAAUUGGGAAACUUUCAGCUGGUUAAAGAGAUCAUUGAUGAAGACCCGUGUCAGGUCAAUAUUACCAAUGUUGAUGGUGCUUCUCCAUUAAUGAUUGGGGCUGUAACUGGACAGCUGUCCCUUGUUCAGCUUCUUGUUGAGAAGAAUGCUGAUAUUGACAAACAGGAUAAUGUUCAUGGCUGGACAGCACUAAUGCAGGCCACAUACCAUGGAAACAAAGAAGUUGUAAAGUAUUUGUUAAAUCAAGGAGCUGACGUCAAUCUUCGUGCAAAAAAUGGAUACACAGCUUUUGACCUGAUAAUGCUGCUGAAUGAUCCAGACACGGAGCUUGUACGGUUACUGGCAUCAGCAUGCAUGCAAGUAGACAAAGACAAGAAUAAACUGAACAAUAGAUCAUCUUUGCCUUGUUCCAGAAGUAGGCAAUCCUUAAAUGUUCCAAUGUUGCCAGAUGACAAAGGAGGUCUAAAGUCCUGGUGGAGCAGGAUGUCCAAUCGAUUCCGCAAGCUGAAGUUGACUCAGACGUUGCGCCAUGGGUUUCCUUCCAGUCAGUUUGUACCAUUUCCUGAUGAGCCUGAACCAUCAUUAAAUUCCACCAUAAAAGCUGUUUCACAGAGUGAUAUGGACACCUCUGGAAACGUUGAUGCUGCUACAGCUCGGAUCACAAAUAACAAAGCUAGUGGUGUAAACACUGCAAAAGGAGGAAAAGAGGAUGAAUUAUUGACAACCAUGUUGAGAAGUAGUGCUCCAUUUACCAGGCUGCCCAGCGAUAAACUGAAAGCAGUGAUACCCCCUUUCUUACCACCCUCAAGUUUUGAGCUUUGGAAUUCUGACCGAACGCGACUCAGCAAAGAUGGCAAAGCUGAACAGAUGAGAACUGCAUGGCCGCAGAGAGCGAUCAAGCAUGACUUUAACAGCAGUGGGAACUCUGACAUAACAUCUGUUAGCAAAGGUACUAGACCAGUCAAAUUACCAACAUUUGCAAGAAGACCUGCAUCUCCUUCAAAUUCCAACAACUUCAACCAUUCUCCCCAUUCUUCUGGUGGAUCCAAUAACAUUGCAGGAAUUAACAGGCAUGGAGGAGAACUGCAUAACAGAUCAGGUGGCAGUGCAGAUAAUGUUUUGUCUCAGAUUGCAGCCCAAAGAAGAAAAGCAGCAGGCUUACCUGAACAGAAACCCAGCCAACAGCAUAGUCCAGUCCAGUCAACUCCUUCAUCCACUCUGUCUGAUUUGCAUUGUGCUCAAAUUGUUGGCAAUGGACAUGUUGUAAAGGUACAGAGAACUCAAAAACUGGAGAUGAAUAAAAGACCUCCAUCUGGGACUUCAUCUACAUCUAAAAGCACAUCACCAACUCUCACACCUUCCCCAUCACCCUCCCCGUCUCCUAAGGUUCACAACACAGAGUCCUCUCUCUCUUCUUCUCACAGACAGGCCAAGAGCAAUGGUUCCAGCAGUGGUACUGUUACAGAAGAUGGCAACCACUUGGUGGACCAUCAACAGCUUGUCCCUAUUCUGAGAACCAGUGAUGUAGAGAAUCAUGAGAGACGAAACCAUGUGAGAGUAAAAGGAGGCUCUGAAAACUUGGAGAAAGAUGAGCUGACUGGCAUCCUUAAAAAAUUGUCACUUGAGAAGUAUCAGCCUAUUUUUGAGGAACAAGAGGUGGAUAUGGAAGCCUUCCUUACACUUACUGAUGGUGAUCUGAAAGAGCUGGGUAUUAAAACUGAUGGAUCAAGGCAGCAAAUUUUGGCCGCUAUUUCUGAGCUGAAUGCAGGAAAGGGACGAGAGAGACAGAUAUUACAAGAAACUAUACACAACUUCCACUCUUCCUUUGAGAGUAGUGUUAGUAACACACGACCUCCAGGUCAUUCCCAGUCACCUGGCUGCUCUAUAAAACCACAAGAAACUGUUUCUCCUAAAAGGUAGCUAUGGGGAAAAAAAAGAAUAUUUUUCUUAUGGUGAAGUGUCGCAUCUG